ACUCCAAGUAAUCAUUUAGGAAGUUUAAACUGAACGAUCGUGAUAGUAUGACAAUCGAUCAACAAAAUCAGCAAUAUUUGUUUUUGAAAAAUGAAUCAAGGACAAGUAGCAAAAGCGAAAGAAAGAAGAAAGAAAAAGCACAGAUUAAUGGAAACUCUUUCGUACAGAUGGUUUUGUCCGAAGUGCAAGAUAAAAUGUAUCACGCCAACCUGCCAGAAUUGCAGUUUGAUUUGCAGUGAAACAUGGGAGUGCUCUGACUGUGGGAAACUCAAUUUACUGGAGUAUAAAGCAUGCCUCGGCUGUAGAGGAAAAUUAGCCCAGUUUUCCAAUUCAGCAGUUGGACAGCAUACCUUCAGAGCAGAAUCUGAAUUUUCUCCCGUGAUGAACGAAGAAAACACAAGACGCAUUCUUAUCGUUGGAAUUGUUGGCUCUGGAAAAAGCUCGUUUGCAAAUUCUAUUCUUGGUAAAUCCAUGUUUAAGGCAGGUGCGGACUUUUGUUCCGUGACAGAUAAGGCGGUCUGCGGGAUGUGUGAAAGAGAGGGUACUGCUCUUUUUGUUUUUGAUACACCUGGUUUUCUGGGAGAUAUACUGGAAGAAACACAUAAAGAGGUUGAAAACGUCUACAAAAUAUUCCAAUCCUGUUUUUGGGCCACAUGUCCUGGAUUUCAUGCGAUAGCAAUUGUGAUAGGCAUUGGGCGCUUUACCCGUGAACAUUGUCAAGUUAUUGAAAAUAUCAAACGAAUUUUUGGACAGGAUUGUAUGCAAUUUGUUAUUCUAGUGUUUACAAAGAUUGACACACUAGGAGACAAAUCUUUAGAAGAUCUCCUAGAGAAAGCUGAUGAUCGAUUAAAAGCCUAUUUAAAGGAAAGCCACAAUACAUACAUAGGCAUCAACAAUAAGGCCGAAGGAGAGGCUAGCGACAAACAGAUCAAAGAAUUUCUCACCAAAGUUGAGGAAGUAUUUAAUAGAAAUGACCACAAGCACUACACUAGUGAUAUCUAUGAAGAUGUGUAUUCGGAGUUGAAAAAAGAAGCGAAAGAAAAAAGAGAAAAUGAAAACUUUAUUCGACUGAAACUUCCUUCUGAUAGCAUUUUAAAUAGAAUAGCGGAUUGGUGGAAGAAGAUUUUCAAGCGUCCGUGAUUUUAUUCAAACUUCUUUAAAUGAGGACAUUUCAUACAUAAGUAUGACGGAAAACAGGACAUCAAUGGACGAAGCAAGGAAAUGUAAAAUGGCACUCACUAUAGAUAUUGUUCAGACUAAAUUAUCUAUAAGUUUAGUCAUUGAAGUGACAAGAACUUUUUUAAGCAUCUUUGAGUAAUGACAAAACAAUCUUUCAUGAAAAAACACCAAAGCAUACUACGUUGAAUAUUAAAUAUAUCUAAAUAUAAUUGACAGAAGAAUUGUCGAAAAAAAAAUGGCUGAAAUGUCUAUAAAUUGUAAUCGAAUAUUCCCAAAGUAAUCGAAAAAAUUGUUUUUAAAAUAUGAGACAUAUAUUUUUGAACUUUAUUAUUCUGUCAAUAUCGGUGUCAGGAGGGGGAUAAGCGCAACGAAACGCAAGUUGACAUACAUCCUUGGAAAUUGAUACGGUGGCUAUUUCGCGGUAGUGUAUGUGCUUCCAUUGCCAAGAAAGUUAGGUUUUUACUACAUCGUUAUUCACAAGGAUGAAUGGGGUAGUACUUCAGACCCUGAUGGCCACUUUUAACUAGCUACACACUUCUUGCACGUUACGUUAUCACACAGCACGAUAUGCUUUCCACACGAUACGAAACGUUUCCUAAUCAAUAGGGAACGCUUUAUACACGGAGCUAUACGGUUUAUACUUAGUGAACCACACGCUAAUCGCACUGUUUGAAUUAUUCUUGCACGGUUUGCGCAAAACAGUCAACAUGAUAGUCGGUUUUUAAUUUCCUUGUUUAUGUAUUAUUUAUUGAUAAAUUUUGAAUUCAUCUAUUCAUUUCUUUCAAAUUUAUUUCAUUACGUAUUCACUUACCAUCCAUUUGACAAUGGAUCUGUUUAUCUAACAAUUGCUGCUCUGAGUACCAUACACAAUCAUUUGUUCAUAAAAUUACGAGUUGUAAUUUUCAACAGUGGGAAGCGCGUGGAAAGUAGGUGAUCUUCAAUCUUUUCUCUUUAGUUGACCACCAGAGAUUUGCGGAAUUUGUCACGCCCACUAUGGGGAUGGGUGUGUUGUUGAAGGGUCAAGAUCCCAAAACGGGGAAAAUUAACAAGGUUGGUUGCAAAUAUUUAAUCAAAAAGGGGUUGCAACUACGAUAACUCCUAAUCAAUCCACCACUGCAAAUGUCUUGUACAAAAGGGAAGCGUCAAAACUUGUCGAGGACUUGAGCUGCGUCAUAAGACGACGAAAUUCUUUAAAUAGUUCGUAGCAUCAACCAUGACAUUAUAAACUACACGAUGUAAUAGUAUUUACAUGAAGGGGUCUUCCAUGUAUGAACAUAAAAUGCAAGAACAUGUAACUGUAAAUUGGUACGAAGAAUGCAUAGACGUACAAAAUAAAUAGGAAUUAAAACACCAUCAAUCAAUUUCUAGUACUUGAUUUCAUUUCCAAUAAUUCCCUCAUGACAAAGGAGGUAAUUCAGAUUUAUUGUGGUCUCCCUGCAUUAUGGGGAUGACUCACACGAUGUACAUGAUACAUAUAGCGACUGUAUAUACUUUUCUUCAUUCAAAGUUUUCCAAAUUGCUUUGAUGAAAGAUGAAGAUAACGAACAGUGAUUAAUUUCAUAACUCCAUAAGGAAUGCAAAUUACAGAAUUCGACAAACAUUGACCUCUGGAUAUAACAGCUGGAUUCAGGUUCACAUGAUAAGUUGGCAUUCCCUGUCGACCGGUCACACCCGCCGUGAGCCCUUUAUCUUGAUCAGGCAAACGGAGUAAUCAGUAGUGAAAGUCAGUGUGUAAAGAACGGCUUAACGAUCGAUAUGAAAGACAUCAGACAACUCAAUGACAGGUUGUAUUGGCAAACUAGAUCGCUAUAAUGACCAUAGAGUUUGUGAAAUGCUGACUUUAUGUUAUACUGUUGAAAACUCUGUAGAUAAUGACCAUAGAGUUUGCGAAAUGCAGACUUUAUAUGAUACUGUUGAAACCUCUGUAGCAUUAACUUGUUUGUCAGUAGCCUUCCUUGAUUUAAAAACUGAUCAUACGCAUAUGUAUACUGUGCCCGCGUUUGUAAGAAGUUAAAAAGUUCUUGUAAUUUUAAAUACUCGUAUUGGUGGAUCCUAGUCAGUGAGUGUCAUUGUGGUUAAAAACAAUAGACUUAAAAUGUGCAUAGCAUAUAUAAGUUACUUGUACAUAUAAAGUAUCAAAUUAUCCAGACAGUUCCGAUAAACACGUCUUGAAAACACAGGACUUACACCCCUAGCAGGGUACAUUGAAUAAUGACAAAUAGUGUAUUUGCGCUUAUUGAAGAAUAAACACAACCCUUUGACAUAAAGAGGAACUCUGGGGGUAUAAUAGUGUGCAAAUUUGCAGAGAAAUCCAUGAUCUAGUUUCCUGAUAAAUGUCUUUGAAAAAAAGUGAUAUUAUUGUAAAUAAUAUGUUUUAUGCAUUUAUAUGUAACAAUACACCGGUACCUUAUUUUGCUGGCUUUGUGACGUAACAAUGCACUAGUACAUGUGUGACGUUAGAUUAUCUCUUGACGUAAUAAAUUACUGUAUGACGUUAUCAGUAUAUUGUUAUUAUCGUAAGACGUUUCACUUGUAUUAAACGAAUCAUAAGAAAAGAUAUUGUUUGUUGCCACCUUAUUUUUCAUCAUAGUAAUUAUAAUUUUCACACUAUAUCUUAACAUGUAACUUUGGGAGAUCCUAAACCAAGUCUAUGUACAAUUUGAUAAGAAAGUAGGAUCUCCCUAAUUGUUUAUCUUGAUAUCUUAUUGUCAUUAAUAAAUGACAGUUUUACAA